AUGGCGAGCGACGAAGAGACGCAAGCGCACAUUGAGCGCAUCUGGGCGGGCGUCAAGCCCAAGAGCGCCAUCUACGGCUUCCUGCUGUCCGACAUCACGAUCACGCACGCGUCCAAGGGCCUGGUGCGAGCGCGGCUGCCGCUGACACAGAACCACGUCAACUCCAAGGGCGGGCUGCACGGCUCCGUCAGCGCGACGCUGGUCGACUGGGUCGGCGGGCUGGCCAUCUCGUCGUGGGACCUCCGCGAGAAAAACGGCGUCUCGACCGACAUCCACGUCACGUACGUGUCCUCGGCCAAGGAAGGCGACGUGAUCGAGGUCGAGGGCAGGGCCAACAAGGUCGGUGGCACGCUGGCCUUUACCAGCGUGGUCAUCAGUAAGGUGGUCGACGGCGCAGCUGGCCCUGUCGUUGCGACCGGGAACCACACCAAGUUUGUCAAGGUGUGA